UUCGCCUCCCCAUUGACGUCACUCCGGUAUCACAUGAACGAGCUAGGACCAAUCCACACGCAGCCCUAACGAAGCUCUCGGUUCCUCCGCCGAGAUAGGGAGGAAAAAAAAGACAGAAAAGGGAACCAUGAUUCCGAGCAUCUGAGGAACAAGUAAAAUCGAACACAGUGUGGAUCUUGUACCUGGUUAUUGUUUCGUUUUCGGAGCGGGAAGACUGGAAUAAUAUGCAGUGGAGAGAGGCGGAACGGAGACGGCAAUGGCUCGAACAUAUUGAGUAGCUCGCGACGCUCAAAGGAAAGACAUUAUACCUCAUCGAACCUUCCUCAUCUCGACGGGCUUAUUUAAUGGCUUUGAUCCUCGCCGUCACCGACCCUUGUCUUUUGCGUUGCACUGCUGAGGUCGAAUCACGGGGGAUCGCGUGAGCUUCUAUAUGCCAAACACCGGAACGACCAUUACUCGGCCUCGAAAUCAAAAGACAGCCACCUGAACUGAUUCAACGCCGUCGGUUUUCGCUGAGGGAAAUCAUGGAUUUUAACGGGAGCGGAGGGGGAAAUGAGCUGCACAACAAUCAGUUUUAUCCGUCCGAAGAGAGUAAGCCUCUGCUGGGGGAAAUAUCCACGCAGCAGCCGCCGCCAGAGGGGAAUAAUAAUCACAAAGCGGGGCCCUGCAGCAAGAGGAGCCUUCUACACAGCAGCAGCGGUAUGAGAUACAAACUGCUCCAGGAGGGGGACAUCCAGGUGUGCGUGGUCAAACACCCGCGGACCUUCCUCAGUAAGAUUUUCACCUCCAAAUAUUUACGGAGGUGGGAACCUCACCACCUCACCUUGACGGACAGCAGCCUGGUGUCUGCCACGCCUACAGGAUACAUGGAGGCCCCUCUGUCUUACAGCACUAUCGAGGACCUACAGUUGUUGUCCUGGGACAACGCCCCCAAAUACUGUGUCCAGCUAAGCAUCCCCGGAGGGACAGUCCUCCUGCAGGCUGCUAACAGCUAUCUGCGGGACCAGUGGUUUCACUCUAUACAGUGGAAGAAAAAGAUCUACAAGUACCGCAAGGUUCUGAAUAACCCGAGCCGCUGGGACGUGGUUCUGAAGGAGAUCAGGGCCCUGGUGGAUAUGGCCCUCACCUCACCCCUGCAGGACGAAUCCAUCCAUCAGGCCCCACUGCACAUCAUCUCCACCCUGCUUGCUGAGAACACUAACCUCAGCGCUCAGGAUCAUGAGAACAUCAUUGUGGCCAUCGCACCAUUGCUGGAGAAUAACCACCCUCCCCCUGACUUGUGUGAAUUCUUCUGCAAGCACUGUAGGGAGCGUCCUCGGUCGAUGGUGGUGAUUGAAGUGUUCACUCCUGUGGUUCAGAGAAUCCUCAAACACAACAUGGACUUUGGGAAAUGCCCCAGACUCCGUCUCUUUACUCAAGAGUAUAUUUUGGCUCUGAAUGAGCUUAACGCUGGCAUGGAAGUGGUCAAGAAGUUCAUUCACAGCAUGCACGGUCCCACUGGACAGUGCCCUCAUCCUCGGGUUCUCCCCAAUCUUGUAGCGGUGUGCCUAGCUGCCAUCUACUCUUGCUACGAAGAAUUCAUCAACAGUCGGGACAACUCUCCCAGUCUCAAGGAAAUCCGAAACGGUUGUCAGCAGCAAAGUGAGAGGAAGCCGCCAAUGCCUUUGCGCCUGCUGCGGCCCGAGCCGCCCAUACCACCCCCGACUACCACGCUGUCCCCACCCCCGGCCCUGCCCCUCUCACCACCACCUUCCAUCGUCAAUUCCAGCGAGAUCCUGGUAGAGCUGGAGCGCAACAACAACACCACUAACACACUGCACAAGGCCCCCGCAGAAGGCGACAGGGAGCCCAACCUGAUUGACUGUCUACUGGUCAGCCCCGCUCUCAAUGCCCUGUCCAUUCAGCUGCCUGCUCACGCCGACAGAGUGCUGGGAUGUUUCGCCCUCAUCCUUAAAAUGCUAUCAGACUAUGAUGACUGGAGACCAGCGCUGGCCAGCCUGCUUCAACCAAUCCCCUUCCCGAAAGAGGCCCUCGCACAUGCCAAAUUCACAAAAGAGCUGAAGUAUGUCAUUCAGAGGUUUGCUGAAGAUCCCAGACAAGAGGUCCACUCCUGUUUGCUCAGCGUGCUUUUUGGGGUAGGGGGGUGGUUACAGCUCUGCGGUGGGGGAGGCGUAGCUUGCGACGAUGACGGAGAGCUGUUUGCUAGCAUGGUCCACAUCCUCAUGGGCUCCUGCUACAAGACGAAGAAAUUUCUCCUGUCGCUGGCUGAAAAUAAACUGGGACCCUGCAUGCUCUUGGCCCUGCGGGGGAACCAGACCAUGGUGGAGAUCCUGUGUUUGAUGCUGGAGUACAACAUCAUAGAGAACAAGGACACUCAGCUACAGAUCAUCUCCACCUUGGAGAGCACCCAGGUCGGCCUGCGCAUGUACGAGCAGCUGUGCGACAGACAGAGGGAGCUUAAAGAACUGCAAAGAAAAGGAGGCCCUACUCGACUCACUCUGCCAUCUAAAUCGACGGAUGCCGACUUGGCUCGUCUGCUGAGCUCUGGUUCCUUUGGCAAUCUGGAGAACCUCAGCUUGGCGUUCACCAACGUCACCAGUGCCUGUGCUGAACAGCUCAUCAAACUGCCAUCCCUCAAACAGCUCAACCUGUGGUCCACCCAGUUUGGAGAUGCUGGGCUCCGUUUGCUAUCGGAGCAUCUGGCCUGUCUGCAGGUUUUGAACUUGUGUGAGACUCCAGUCACGGAUGCUGGCCUGCUCUCCCUCAGCUCAAUGAAAAGCCUGUGCAGCCUGAAUAUGAACAGUACUAAACUCACAGCGGACACAUAUGAAGACCUGAAGGCCAAACUACCCAAUCUAAAGGAAGUGGACGUUCGCUACACAGAGGCAUGGUGAACACGAUGCUCAAGGAGAUUUAUAGACAGGAAAUCGCUGACACAUCAUCCGAACACAACAUAAUCAAGAAGCAAGGACUGUGUUUAUAGGAACAUCAUUCAAACGUCAAGGACCUUCUGAUAAUAUCAUAAACGCUCAAGAAUCAUCUAGUGUCUCAUCCGAGGAUGCUCUUCGCAGCGGCAUCAGAAUGCAAGAAUAUGUCCCGUGACAUCAUCAAACAGCACAGGAACCUUUCUAACGACAUCACCAGGGGACUUUUUUCUCUGUCUCUUUCUGGCCUUUAUCUCAGACCCCUCAGAGGAACCGUGUCCCUCGUCUUAACCCAUAACUGGCAUCCCUUUUUGUCCCCCUGAAGACAUCAGACCACCUGGAUACAUUUUCCCUGUGGUACCAGCGUCUGCUGAAGGCCUGAAUAUUCAGAGCCACAUUCCAGUACAGUUUUGAUAUCACUUCCUGUGUGGAAAGCCAAUUUCCGCAUGAUUUUGUUUUUUUUUGUUUUUUUCUUGUUACAUGUGUGCUUGGUCCUCUCGGCUCAGAGUCCAUCAUAUUUGCAUCCUCACAGAGAUUUCUGGUGUAAAAUGUGUCUGUUAACAAUGUUCACGUUCAUCUCUAUAUCUCUAUCGCUCUGAAAAUCAUUUUUUUAUCAACUUGAAUAAGCGUAUUUUUCCAUACACUGCUUUCAUAUACAUGUGUGUUUGUAAAGAAAAUCGACGUAUCCCCAUUUUUAAUGCAGACAUUACAGGGGCUUCGCUCCAAAAAAAAAAUCUGUUUAUCAUUUCCUUUCCCUUCCUCUUCUCUCUUCUUUUUUUAGCCACAUUGUACAGUGUAAUUUUAAUUUCACACCUGUAUUUAAGAGAACAUCGUCCAGGAAGUAGUCUGGGACUACUUUGUAUUUAUGAGCCCCCCUUUCUGGUCCUAUUAAGUACUUUUGUCAAGCAUACUGAACCAAGAUGGUGCCUAAGACUUUUUCUGUAAAGAUUGCAUCACCUAGCAACAUCAGCUAAGUUGUAAAUAGAUACAGUAUGAACUUUUAAACCGAUUAAUAGGCUUUAUUAUUCUCUGUAAACUCCGCCUCUAGUGGUCGAUAGGAGUCCACCAUGAUUGUCCUGCCACAACGGUUGACAAUGUUCCGCAUAUUUAUAUCAAAUCGAGCCAAGAUUUGUGCUGUUUAUUAAGGCUUGUUAUUCAGUUAAAACUUUUUAUAUUUAAUUUUCUCGCUUUUGUGAUCAGCGUCUCUCCAAACAUAUAGAUUAUGAUCACUGUAAUUAGUUACAGUAAAUAUCUUGACCAGUAGGGCAACAAGACAGAUCUUGUAGAAGAAAAAAGACGGUCUGAAAUAAAACGAUCAUUUUGCCGUCUUAACUUAAAUUGAGUUUUCCUUAUGUUUACAAAAGCGUGUCUGCCUCUACUCCCACUUUGAAUUAUAUCCAGAUAGAGUUGCUGCCCUGUCCAUGUGGCCGGUCUUGAAAGUAGCAGUUUUAGGUAGUUCCAGAUUUUGUGUGUGCGUUUGAUUUCGCACAGAUAUAGAUGCCGUCCAGAGGGAGACAUUCAGUACUGGGUGCCAUAAUGGCACCAACUCGAGUUCUGCCAGCUUGCAUAGUUACAUACUGUAUAAUGUACAUAUGAGUGUAUAUAAUUUCCCAUUUCUCUUUCUCUCGAGUUUUUGGGAGACUCUUUGUUGCCUUUAUUUUUUUAGAUGUGUGCAUACGGUCACCUGUUUUUGUUUUCUUUCCUGCCUCCAGACCAAGUGCACUAUCAUUGUUUUUUUUUUUUUGUUGUUGGUUUAAUUUUUUUUGACUGUAUGAUAAGUUUAAUCCAUUUUUGUUGCCUUUUUUGUUUCUUUUUUGCAUGUUUGCAAUUUUAUCAUAUAGAUUUAAAAUAAAGGGUAAAAUCACUAGCCCCCUUCAACCACUUACCAUAUGGAUCAGUACGUGUUUUUUAAAAGUGAAAGAUGGUCAGAGAUAGUGUGUGUCUGUUGUGAACGGUUGAAAUAGUGUUUUCUGAAGGUGUGUUCGAGAGUGGACUAGAAACUGUUCCAUUCUGUACACACUGGUGAUACACUGUAAUGGUCUUCAGUCCAAACAGCGGACCAUUUUUCUCUGUGGCAGGAAGGAUUCAGGGGGCUGGGUUUCCCCCAGCCUUCAUUUUGUUCAGAAAUGAUUAAAAAAAAAGCCAUCUCUUUGAGACUAUGGCUUAUUUGUUGAAGUUGAAAUCCAGUUUAUACUUAAUUGUUUCCUGAUCAAUUUGUAAUAUCCUGUGGAACUCACUGUGCUAUUUGUGUUUCCAAUGUCUCCUUAUCAUAUUAUAAUGUCUAAUUAAUUUCAGCUUUUUUUAUUUUUGUUGAAAAGCGCUUUUUUUCAAUGUUGUAUUGAGACUGAGUCUUAAUAUGAUGUGGGUGGGGUCACUGCGGCACAGUCGUGUACAUACAGAAUGAACUAUGUUUCCCAUGACUUCUGGAGUUUUUGCAGAUACAACUGCUGCCCUUAUUUUUUCUGUGUUUUUCUGCUUCUAUCUACAGCUGGGUUGCUGCUGCUGCUGCUGCUGCUGCUCUGUGGCUGUUGUAAUGAGAACAGGAAAAUAAGCCUAAUAUGUGAACCAGUUUCAAUCAGAAUAAACUGUCUGUGAAUAUGUUUCAAAUA